AUGAAAUCGAGUUCAAGCUUUUAGAUGCCUAAGAAUUUGGAAUUCUUAGAUGAAGAGGAUGAGAAGAAAAAGUGCUAGGAAUUCAAAGAACAUCUCAUCAAAUUCCAAAGAGAGCUAGGCGUGGAGAAUUUCAAGGUUCCUUCCAUUGGUGGAAAAGAAUUAGAUCUUUGCAAACUAUAUAAAGCAGUCAUCUCAAGAGGGGGUAGUCAGAGAGUCUCAAAUAAUAAGCUGUGGAAGGAGAUCGUCAAUGAGUUUGAGAUACCAUCUAGUUGCACUAGUGCCAGCUUUACCUUGAGAAAUCACUAUAAUAAAUGCUUGCUCUAAUACGAAAAAAAAUACUUCUUAGGCCAGACAAAUUUGGAUAUUUCCGACAAAAUUGGCGGUGAAGGUGGUAUUGGACUAUCAAGUGGCGUAGCUGCUGGGCAAUCUGGCGCAUUUUAUCCCCCUAUAUACCCACAUUCUACUAAUAAUCAAUUUGCUAUCCCACCUAGUUACGGUCAACCCAUUCUUGGUGGUUCUGGAUAUGGAUCUCAAGCAUAAAACUUUAUGACUAGUGGUCCUCAUGUAGGAGUAGGCAGACCGCCUAAGAAUCCAUAUGAUCAUGCUGGUUUCCAAACUCAUCAGCAAGCCUAAGUCUCUAUGCAAUCUCAGCCUGCCUCAGUUAACCCUAAUUCAAAGUACUAAGUUACAAAGAAAGUAAAACUCUCCUAGAUAGAAGCUGAAUCAAAGAGAUUAGUACUUGCUUUUGAGUCUAGAAUAACAAAAGAGAUUAAUUGGGCUCUAAACACACUUGCCAUUUUCUCAUGCAAUACUAAUUAAAACUUCACACUUGAAAAUCAGCCGUAUCUAUUGGAAAGUAUCUCUAAUUAUCUAGUAUUCUGUAUCUAAAAUAUUGAAAGUCUCAGCUACUCUGAUCCCUUCGAGAAGAAAAGCAAAGUUAUUGCUGUAAAUGUGCCAUCAUUUGUUGACGCUCUUAUGGUUGGCUAACCUCAAACAGCAGGUUAGAUACUUUAAUCUGAUAAUUAAUUGCAAAACUCAUCCCUAGGACUAUAAAAAUUAGACUAUAAAACAUUCGGGACAUUUACAAAGGAAAUUAGAAAGAGAGAGGGCAAGUAUGAAGAUAAAAAGAAAGAAUUAUUAGAUGAACUGGCUGCUUAAUAGCAAAAUGGACUUGGAGGUCCUAGUGCUGUCUAAAUGCCAAAGGCUAGAGGUAGAAAGCCUAAGAUUAAGAUCCUUGAGGAAUAAAAUGCCUUAGAUGAAAUCAGGAAGAAGAGAAAGAAGCUUGUCACUGUGCUUCAUUAAGAAGUGACUGAGUUAGAACUUAUUGAUCACCUCAGAAUGAUUAUAUUGAUUGUCAGAAACUUAUCAUUCAUAAGAGCUAAUGAGCAUCAUUUGAUUAAAUGCUUCAAGCUACUAGAUAUUGUUACUUCACUAUUUGUUGACUUAAUAGACAGAGAAAUUACCUUUAACUGCUUGGACAUAAUAACCAAUCUAGGAAAACAUCUAGUUUUGAGUGAGUUGAACUGUGGAAGAGAAUUGGUAGACGCCUUAUUUGGAUUAUUCAGUACAGCUGAUACUGAGAUCACAGUUGAUCAAUGUGUAGAAUGCCUGAGAAGAUUAAGUUUAUCAGCUGGUAAUGAGGAAUACCUAGAAGAAGUUAGGGAUGAGGACAUUCAAAAUCUCAUCAAUUUAUUAAUGAGCAGCAACAUUGAGACUAGAGAAGGUUGCCUAGAAAUUCUUUGCACUAUAAGUGAUAGAAAAACAGCACUCAAAGUUAAAAUAGCUCAUUAAAAGAAAUGCAUCGAAAGACUUAUUGGUCUCAUUGCAACAGGAUCACAAACGCCUAAUGAGGAGAAAAUUUCAAAGCUUGCAGCACUUACUUUAGCAAAUCUCAACCUAGCUCCUUCAAACAGAGCUUUGAUAGUUCCUUAUGAACAGGAACUUGCUUUGAUUGCUGCCUCAGACGAGAAGACUUGCAAAAUUAUUGCAGAAAUUCUAGGUGAUCUAGACUCUUAUCAGGUUUAUUCGAAGUGA